GCGCCCAGCGCCCGGGCCACCUACCCGGCCUCGGGCUGGGUUCUGAGGGCCUCCUGGGGUCCCCGGAGCCUGCGGCCUCUUGCUCUCCGGUCACCACCCUCACCCAGACCAUGCACAAGCUCGCUGGGCUCGGCAGAGAUACCCCAACUCAUCCGGUAGGGACCCUGCCUCUCCGGAGUCAGCUAACUCGCCUAUCCCUGCCUCGGCGGGCAUCAGAAUCCUCCUUGUCAUCUGAGUCCUCAGAAUCUUCUGAUGCAGGUCUCUGCAUGGAUUCCCCCAGUCCUAUGGACUCCCAGAUGGCAGAGCAGAUGUUUGAACAGGCUAUUCAGGCAGCCAGCAGGGCCAUGCGAAAUGAUCACUUUUCCAUCAGACGCUUCCAGUCCUUGCCAGUGAGGCUGCUGGGCCACAGCCCUGUGCUCCGGAACAUCACCAACUCCCAAGCACUCGACCGCUGGAGCAAGAGCGAGGCGGGUGGCAGAACUGCCAGCGGUCCCGAGGAGGAUAAGGAGAAUGAGGGGUUUGUUUUCAAGAUGCCAUGGAAGCCCACAGGUCCUGGCCCUGCUCACGGCCUGGCAGAGUGGGCCAGCCGCAGAGAGGCCUUUACCCAGAGGCCAAGCUCCGCCCCCAACCUGAUGUGUCUCACUCCCGAGCAGAAGAUGGAAGUAGAGGAGCUGAGCCCCAUGGCUCCUUCUCACCGCCUCUCUCUGAGUCCUGCUGAGGGAGCUGCCCAGGAAGAUGAUGGAUUUGUCGACAUCCUGGAGAGUGAUUUAAAGGAGGAUGAUGCAGUCCCCCCAGGAAUGGAGAGCCUCAUUAGUGCCCCACUGGUCAAGACCUUGGAUAAGGAAGAGGAGCAGGACCUCAUCAUGUUCAGCAAGUGCCAGCGGCUCUUCCGCUCUCCAUCCAUGCCCUGUAGUGUGAUCCGGCCCAUUCUCAAGAGGCUGGAGCGGCCCCAGGAUAGGGAUACGCCUGUCCAGAGUAAGCGGAGGAGGAGCGUGACCCUCCCAGAGGAGCAGCAGCAGCCUGAGGAACCCAAAGCCCGGGUUCUCCGCUCAAAGUCCUUGUGUCAUGAUGAGAUAGAGAGUAUCCUGGACAGCGACCACCGCGGGCUCAUUGGAGAUUACUCCAAGGCCUUCCUCCUACAGACAGUGGAUGGCAGACACCAAGACCUCAAAUACAUCUCUCCAGAAACUGUGGUGGCUCUGUUGAUGGGCAAGUUCAGCAACAUCGUGGAGAAGUUUGUGAUUGUGGAUUGCAGAUACCCCUAUGAGUAUGAAGGCGGGCACAUCAAGACUGCUGUGAACUUGCCCCUUGAACGAGAUGCCGAGACCUUCCUGCUGCAGAGUCCAAUCACACCCUGUAGCCUGGAUAAGAGGAUCAUCCUCAUUUUCCACUGUGAAUUCUCAUCAGAGCGUGGGCCCCGCAUGUGUCGAUUCAUCAGGGAACGCGACCGCGCAGCCAAUGACUACCCAAUGCUCUACUACCCUGAGAUGUACAUCCUCAAAGGUGGCUACAAGGAGUUCUUCCCACAGCACCCGAACUUCUGUGAGCCCCGGGACUACCGGCCCAUGAAUCACGAGGCCUUCAGGGAAGAGCUGAGGACCUUCCGCCUCAAGACGCGCAACUGGGCUGGGGAGCGGAGCAGGCGGGAGCUCUGCAGCCGGUUACAGGAACAGUGAGGCUCAGUCGCCAAUCUUGCCACCUUCCUUGCCUCACAGGGCCUGGGUGCCAGUGUCCCAGGGGCCUGCCAGAGGCCUCAGGUGCUAGCUGGGGGGAGAUAGCACAGGUGUUCUGCUGUCUGCCCCGUCCCCAGUUUCCUUUGUCUCCCUCCAGUCACUUCCACACUCUAGUGCCACCCUAGUCUGGUGGUUUGUGCCAGCUCAGAGCAAGCAUUUGGUGCUCAGUAGAGCCUUUGGGCUUUUCUUUUUCCUUGUCUGGGUUGCCUCUUUGUCUUUUUAUGUCCAGCAAAGUCAUGUGUGUGUCUGCGUGUAACUUUGUACAUGUGUGUGUGUGUUGAGGCUGGGGGAGCCACAGUCUCUGAGGAUUUGCAGACAAGCUCUGUCAUGGCCUGGGCACCAGCCAGCUCCCUGCUCCCUGCCCCUAGGCACUGACCAGGCCAGGACUGCUCCUGCCCUCUGCAGGAACCAGUGUCUGUCAUGUUGUCCCUUUCUCCUCUCUUUCCUGUCUUUCCUUAUAAGCACCUCCAGUGUAAACAUAAGCUCUUACUCUUUCCUGUUGCAAUGUUACCUGCAAGCUUGAUUUGUCUGAUUUUACCUGUCUCAGGACGUACACACUUGCCAUGGAACUCCCCCAUCCAGCUUGGGCUCGAGAUUUGAGAACAUCAGUUACCCACCUGGCCUUGGCUUUUGUUGCCCCAGAGAGGGAUGUUGUGAUCCUUGAGAGCAUCCAGGGCAAAGGCUAAGGCCUGAAUCAGAGGCCCCAGAAGCCCAGAACUCACUGCUGUGAAUCCUGGGGCCUCAUUGGUCCUAAUUUACUGCUGUCCUGUCACGGAUAGAUUGAUGGACAGUCAUGGGUACAUGGUGCCUUGCACAUAUGUGCACACACAGAUCGGGUGGAAGCACUUUGGUGAACAUGACAACCUGUGGCAGGAGUGUGCAUGUGUCUAUCUGUGUGGACAGAAGUCUUUACACUUCAAAUUUGGAAAUAUUCAAGAGGAAACCGAGCAGUUAAACCAAGUGCCCAGCACCCUCUGCGUUUGGAAUCUCAAGAUGUGAGAAGGGCUGUACUUGAAGGCCCAAUGAGUCAGCUGUUAGGGCCUUGGUUCAAUAAAGCACUGAUGAGCAAGUUA